AACAAGUGAAAGAGAGAUACCGGUAAAGAAUGGUACAAAAUAUUUGAUAAAACAAAAUCAUUUUGACUGUUGUUAUUUUAACGACUAAUCUUGUUAUCUGACAAUAUUAUUCCCUAAGGCUAAGGUUUCAUUAGCAUGUCACUGGUACGGUACGGUGAAAAGACUAUCAAUAUUAUUUUGUAAACAAAGAAUCAGCUGUUCGCAGGUACGACACACUUGUUAUUUCUGAUCGGGAGCCGGGGUACGAGGGUGCGAGGCCUCGGCUUGAGGCCCGGCUGCCUAGCGCGAGCGAGGUACCGGUACGGUACUAGUGGAGCUGAUCCCAUGACCAAGUACCAGAGACUGUCUCGUGACGUGACUUGACAGGCAUCAUCAUUCUCUCUAUCGUUCAUGCAGCGCAGAAGGAGGGAGAGUUUUGAGUUCGGCCAGCGCCAAAACAGUCAAACAGAUCUAAGGUAUUUAUCUGUGCGUGCUGGUAGCAGUAGAAACUAUUGAUGGUCUGAGGGAGAUUGAGUUAAUUACCACACCACAGUUUUCAUUUUGGUACCUGAAAGAAAAGUUUGCCAAAGACAUCAUGUCCUCCAAUGGAAACGGAAGAAUCAGCCAGCUUCGGCUUAAAGGACCGAUAGCAGCUCCUUUCACUCCAUUCAAGCAGGAUGGGGAGAUUAACUUUGAUAUCAUGGAAGAAUAUGCAGAUAAGAUAGCUGCAGGUGGUGUUAAUAAUGUGUUUGUUAAUGGGACUACGGGUGAAGGCAUCUCCAUGACAGUACAGGAGAGAAAGGCAGCAGCUGAAAAAUGGAUAGCUCUAGGAAAGACAAGAUUUCAGACAGUUAUUGUCCAUGUUGGAGCUGCAAACUUGAAGGACACUCGGGAAUUAGGAAGGCAUGCAGAAGAACAUGGGGCCAGUGCCAUAUCAACCCUACCUCCUAUAUUCUUCAAACCCUCUAGUAUAGAGGGUAUGGUGAAUUUCUUGGAGCAGGUAGCUGCUUCUGCUCCUAAAACUCCUUUCUUUUAUUACCACAAUCCAACCAUGGUCGGCAGUGAUGCGUUUACUAUGGAGAGUCUUGUGAAAGAAAUUUUCUCAUCCAACCGAAUACCGACCCUAUGUGGUAUGAAGUAUUCAUCCACAGACCUGUUCCAAUAUGGACGAUGUUACGCUCUCCAUGCCGACUCUUGCCAAUUUAUGUACGGGUGUGACGAGCAACUCUUGCCAGGAAUAUCAGUGGGUGUUGAGGCAUUCAUUGGAAGUACUUACAACUAUCUAGGCAGAGUGGCCAAUAGAUUAUUUACUGCCUUUAAUGAUGGUGAUAUGACCGUUGCAAGAAAAGAACAAUUCCGAAUUCAAGCACUUGUGGCUGUACUUAAGAAAUACGGUGGUCAUGCCGGUGUGAACAAGGCCAUCAUGUCACUGGUAGGACCAGAGAUGGGCCCCGCCCGUUCCCCUCUUCAUAACCCCUCACCAGAGGAACGUGAGCUUAUACGCAAAGAUCUUGAAGCAGAAGGUUUCUUUGACUGGAUCCAGUAAGACCGGUUUCCUAAAACAUUCAAAAGAGCAACUCAAUCUGUUAUGACCAGAGAUGGGCCCCGCCCUUUCCCCGCGUCACAACUACUCCCAGUACAUGUAGGAUCAUGAACCCAUACGACAGAAUCUUGAUGCCGAGGGUUUCUUUGAUUGGAUCCAGUUUGACCAGCUUCCUAAAAUAUUCAGUGAAGAACACAAUCUUAUGGGACCAAUGAUAGGCCCACCUGUUUCUUUGUCAUGACCCCUCCCACAGGGAACGUGAACUAUUAUGAAAUGAUCUUAUUGCAUCCAGUAUAGACCAAGGGUCAUUUCAUAAGCUGUUUGUAAGUUAUGCAAGCUUUACGUGCAACUAGUGGCCUGUUCUUGGGCUAAAAAUACCUCAGAUUCUGAAGAAACAAUUCAAUCUUGUUCUAGAGAGUGGUAAGUGGUAAAUGUUUUUCAAAGCUAAUGAAUGUAGUCAUGGUAUUGCUGUAAAAACAAAUGUAUAUUUAAAGGUUUAUUAUGUUGACUAACCAUAAAACUCAGGGGUUACAGUGUUGCUAAACAGUUAGUGAACCCCACCAGAAAAUGCAUUCCUUCUUACCGAGUGUUGAAUGUACAGAUAACAACACUUCAAUGUUCAGCAAGUCUAGAAGAGCAAACUUUAUUGAAUGUUACAUGUAUAUUUUAUCACCUGACUUCACAAUUAAAUAUCUAACAGAUGGCAGAACUUGAACACUUUGAAUAUGUUAACUUUCUGUUGGGGUUCACUAACUUUAUAAGCACCACAGUAAAUGUAAUCAUAACAAGUUUUAGGAAUAGAAAUAAUUAUCCUUAUGAUAAUAGAUGAAAUAUUAAUAAUAAUGCAACCCAUCAAGCACCCAUUGUGUUCUUAAUGAUAGUUGCUGGUUGGCCCAUGAUCAAUUGGGCAAAAUUAUUUUUUUUGGAAUAUUUCUAUUCUCAGGUUUCUAUUUUGAACAAAAUAUGAAUUUUAUUUUCAUGUUCAAUAUACAGGAGAUGAAAUCAAGAUAUUGGAUUUAAUUUAUUUUCUUUCAUUUGUGAAGAUUAAAGUAAGAAAAAUACAAAAUUAAAAUUACAGGAACACUAAUUAAUGCUCAAAAGCAUGAAAAUUUAUGUUCGCAACGAGAUCUGGGCCCCGUAUUACAAAGAGUUACGAUUGAUUGGAUCAAUCGUAACUCUAAGGAAAUCCAUCAGUGCCAUAAUUUUUUAGAGGAGAUUGGCACAAUGUCCUUUGUAAACAAAGAGAAGCUCAGUGAAUUUUUAAGAAAACAAUGAAUUCAUGAAUAUGCAUCAUAGCUAGGAAAUAUUUUGAACAAACAUGCAUAAUACAUGUUGAUGUUGCUGGCCGUCCAUAGUUGCGAUUGAUCGGAUCAAUCGUAACUCUAUGGAAAUCGAUCAGUGUCAUAAUUUUUUCUAGAGGAAAUUUGCACAAUGUCCUUUGUAAACAAAGAGAAGCACAGUGAGUUUUCAAGAAAACAAUGAAUGCAUGAAUAUACAUCAUACAUGUAGCUAGGAAAUAUUUUGAACAAACGUGCAUAAUGGAUGUUGACGUUGCUGGCCGUCCAUAGUUGUGAUUGAUUGGAUCAAUUGUAACUCUUUGUAAGACAGGGCCCAGAAUCAGAGCAGAAGACUUAGGUGUACACUGAAAGAAAUUAAAAGCUCAAGAGUAUGGUAUGGGAUCACUUUACUUGACAUUAAGAGGGAAUGAACUAAUUCUUAACUAGAAUUGUAUAAAAUUUGCAAGGUUGUCUAAAAAUAUUGAUUUAGGAUACAUGCCUUUAAGGCAUAUAAUGUAAUGUUUAUUAUAAUAUGAUUGACUGAAAAACGUCAGUUUAAUUUCUCUUAGCCUCAAGUUAUAGAAUUAAUAGAAUCGCUCUAUUUCUAUAAGAAUAGAGAAGUAUCAUUUUUUAUUUUUUUGAGCUAAAGGCACAAUAUGAGGUUGAAUUGGAAGUGUUCAUUUUUACUCAGUCUGCAUUUUUAUGGAUCAUUUGUAUUGUAUAUCAAUUUUGAAUGAAGAGCUAUUUCGUAUUACUGAGCGAAAAAUAUUUACUGCUACAAAGCCUACAAGUAUGUAGUCCUCACUUGCCCUGUUUACUGUUUUAUGUACAUGUAUAUAACCUUAAUCCAUGCUACAUGUACAUGUAUGACCAAUAUUUAGACAUUUUUAAAGGACAAGUCCGCCCCAACAUGAAGUUUAUUUGAAUAAAAAGAGGAAAAUCCAACAAGCAUAACACUGAAAAUUUCAUCAAAAUCGGAUGUAAAAUAAGAAAGUCAUGACAUUUUAAAGUUUUGUUUAAUUUCUCAAAACAGUUAUAUGCACAUCGUCAUCCUGGUCAGUAUGCAAAUGAGGGGACUGAUGACGUCACUUAUUAUUUCCUUUGUAUUUUAUUAUAUGAAAUAUUCUUAUUUUCUCCUCAUUGUCAUAUGAAACAAAGUCUUAUUGCUCCCUGAACAUUUGGAAUUUCCAUUAUUUUAACAUUUUAUGAUUCAGUCAAGUUGGUUCUAAUGGUCAUAUUUGUAAAAAAAUGAAAUAUUGUAUAAUUC